AUGGCGGAGAAUCAUGAUCUAGUCUGGGAACAUGGAGACAAUGUUGGCAUUGGCUUCAAGUGCAAGUAUUGUCGUAUCGAAAAGGGUGGAGGAGGAGCAACACGACUGAAGGAGCAUUUGGCACAUCGUGGAAAAAAUGUGAGGUAUUGUCCUAAUGUUCCUAAAGAGGUGAAGGAGUUGUUUGGGCUUGAGCUCGAUAGGAACAAGCAAAAAAGGAAAGCACGAGAGCGUCAAAGGUUGAGGGAAGCGGCGGCAGCUAGAAGUGAAUAUGUGGAUUUGGAAGGGGAGGAGGAAGACCCUGCUUUACAAGCUGCUCUCCAGCAGUCGAGGGAAGAGGCUGAGUUUAGAGAGAGGGCUGGUACACGGUAUGAGAGAGGUGGUGGUUCUGGAUCAAGCCAAGUGCAAGAUUCGUUGACAAAGAUGCUAGCUAGGAGUCGCACACAAGUGCCAGAGCGGGUAAGGGACUACAAUCUUGGUUCUAGCUCAGGUCCAAGGCAGCCACGGAUAGAUACGGGCCCAUGGACAGAUAAGGGAAGAAAUGCUAAGAGCAAGAUUGGGAGAGCUUGGUCGAAGUUUUGUCAUGCAGCUGGCAUACCUGGAAGAAAAGUAGAUGACCCAUACUUCAAGGCAGCGAUCAUAGAGACGCAGAAACAUGGAACUGGGGUGAAGCCACCUACUGGGAGGGAGAUAGAUGGUGUGUACUUAGAGCAUAAUGAGAAAGAAAUCAUGAAAGAGAUUAACAAGUGGAAGGAGCAAUGGCCUAUUUAUGGUGUAACAAUCAUGUGUGACUCAUGGACUGGACCUAUGCGCAUGAGUGUGGUAAAUUUCUUGUUGUACUGCAAUGCUCGUCGAAAAAUCAUCAAAGAUGUCAGCGCCGAGGAUGUUGUCCAAAUAGUGACAGAUAAUGGAUCUAACUACAAGAAGGCAUGGACUUAUGUGCAGGCUGCUUCUGCAUUGAACCCAUUGGUGAAUUAUACCAUGGGGGACAAGUGA